CGGGGCGGAGCUGGGCGGGGCCUCGCGGGCUGGUGGUGGAGCCUCGCGAAGGUUCCAGAGCCGUCUCGUGCGGAGGGCGGGCCGCCGAGUCCCGCCGGGUCGGUGUAGCUCGCUGCCGACGCUGCGACGCUCGUGGGUGCCGUGUUCGGCUUUUCCUGUCUACUUCAGUGCACCGCUGCAGCUCCGGCCUCGGGUCUGACGCGCCACAGCAUGGCUUCCGCUUUGGAGGAGGUAGGGGUCGGCCUGGACCCACCGGCUCGCACCGCCCGGUGGCCGCUGUUUUCCCGGGGCUGGUAUCCUCAGCUCUUCCCCAGUCGCGGGCCCACGGCCUCCGCGCUGCCACCUGCCUGGACCCCGAGCGUCCGGGCCACGGCAGGAAGGUCGGGGGUGUGUCUGGAUCCCAGUUUUUGGCGCGGAUCGUGUUGCAGAAAGACCUAGAAGAGGUCAAAGUGCUGCUGGAAAAGUCCACUAGGAAAAGACUACGUGAUACUCUUACAAAUGAAAAAUCCAAGAUUGAGACGGAACUAAGGAACAAGAUGCAGCAGAAGUCACAGAAGAAACCAGAAUUUGAUAAUGAAAAGCCAGCUGCUGUGGUUGCUCCUCUUACAACAGGGUACACUGUGAAAAUCAGUAAUUAUGGAUGGGAUCAGUCAGAUAAGUUUGUGAAAAUCUACAUUACUUUAACUGGAGUUCAUCAGGUUCCUGCUGAGAAUGUGCAAGUACACUUCACAGAGAGGUCAUUUGAUCUUUUGGUAAAAAACCUCAAUGGCAAGAAUUACUCCAUGAUUGUGAACAAUCUUUUGAAACCUAUCUCUGUGGAAAGCAGUUCAAAAAAAGUCAAGACUGAUACAGUUAUUAUCCUAUGUAGAAAGAAAGCAGAAAACACACGAUGGGACUACUUAACUCAGGUGGAAAAAGAAUGCAAAGAGAAAGAAAAGCCUUCCUACGACACUGAGGCAGAUCCUAGUGAGGGAUUAAUGAAUGUUCUAAAGAAAAUUUAUGAAGAUGGAGAUGAUGACAUGAAGCGAACCAUUAAUAAAGCGUGGGUGGAAUCCCGAGAGAAGCAAGCCAGGGAAGACACAGAAUUCUGAGGCUUUAAAAGUCCUGUGGGAACCGUCAUGUGGAGUGCUCGUGUUUCCAGUAGGGACUGUUGUUGAACUGCACACAUGUGUUCAUGUGGGUAUGUAGUUUUGACAGAUGACUAUUUACACAGCCUUCUAAGUAAAGACAGCAGACCCUCCAUUUCUCACUGGAGGAUUUGAUUUAAAUAAAUAAGCUUGUUAAACUUUUUCCUUCAUUAGUACCCCAGACAUUUUGUUUCAGAAAAGGCUAUAUGGCAUUCUAACUAAAAUGUAAAAAGAAAGUCUUACAUAAUGAAAAUGUUAUAUUACAGAUUUUUGUUCUGGCUGGGAAAUAGAAAACAAGUAUUUGUUUAUCUGUAACUGACACUAGGUCCCAGUAAUGUAAAAAAUAAAAGCAAAAUUUUUGCAUAAAAUUCAAAUUUGUACACGAACCUGCAAGUUACUAUAGAGCUGUUAUCUGUUAUUACCAGCUUAAGCAACAUGUGUGCCAUGUGUUACCUUGUACCACUAAUUGAUUUAAGUAUAUUUAUGAAUAUAAAAUUAAGCAAAAUACAAAUGACAAAAAUAGACAAACAUCUUGUAUUGAUAAGUACUGUCAUGGAUCAGAUGGCUUAAAAAUUAACCACGAUGCAAAAACUUGAAAACACCAUUUAUUCCUUUGUUCAAUAAAGUUGGAGUUUUACUUAAAA